AUGUACGCCGCAAGACUUCAAAGACGCAACCAUCGUGCAUCUCUACAAUCAAAAAGGGAAUCACCAAGUCUGCGACAAUUACGCGGCAUCUCCUUGCUGAACAUUGCGGGGAAGAUCUUCGCUCCCAUCCUCCUCAAUCGUCUGAAUAAUCAUCUGGAACAGGACCUCCUACCGAAAAGACAAUGCGUCCUCCGAUGUCGUCGCGUGACCACGGACAUGAGCUUCGCCGCCCGUCAACUUCAGGAGAAGUGCCAGGAGAUGCGAACACACCUGUCCUCUACCUACGUAGAACUGACGAAAGCCUUCGAUACGGUGAAUCGUGAAUCAUGCAAAAAUACGGCUGUCCGUAGCGAUCCAUUGAGAUGGUGCUUCAGCUGCACGACGGUAUGAUGGCGCGAGUCACGGACAACGGAGCUGUCUCAGAGACAUUCGUAGAGUCCAACGGAGUGAAGAAGGAAUGCGUGCUGGCACCAACCAUCUUCAGUCUUAUGUUCUCUGCCAUGCUGAUGGACGCCUAUCGUGAUGAGCACCCCGGGAUCCGCAUCGCCUACAGGACGGACAGUCAUCUGCUGAAUCAACGGCGGAUGUACUUCCAAUCGCGCGUAUCCACAACCACCGUUCACGAACUUCUCAUCGCCGACGACUACGCCCUGAACACCACAUCGGAAGUGGAGAUGCCACGGAGCAUGGACCUGUUUUCCGCCGUCUGCAAGAACUUCGGUCUGGUCAUUAACACGCAGAAGACCGUGGUGAUGCAUCAACCGCCACCCAAAUCAGCCAGAGCCCACAACGCGUCGCCGCAAAUCAGCGUCAACUGA